GAGCCGCGCCGGCGCCGCGGGCGCCCCGCACCCGCGGGCGGCAGUGCAGCGGCCCCUCGUCAGACGCCUGGCGCGACUUCCGCGCCGCCCUCGUCGCGCGGGAGCGCCGCGCGGAGGCCCCAGCGCCGCCGGCCGCGGAGGGCGGCGCGAGCGAUGGGGGCGAGCCGCCCACCUGGGCCCACGUGUCCCCGCUGAUCGAGCGCGGCUCCGUGCUGCUCUCGGAGCCGGGGUGCGGCUUCAGCUUCCGGCAGCAGUACUUCCAGAAGGCGGUGGUCCUGCUGGUCGACCACCGGAAGGAGUUCGACAUGGGCAUCAUCCUGAACCGGCCCACGGGGAUCAGCACGUCUCAGCUCGGGGUCCCCGGCCAGUCCUGGCUCCUCAGCUUCGGCGGCGACUGCCAGGGCUUGCAGGACACGCCCGGGAACAGCCUGGACACCAUGUGCCUGUUCUGCCUGCAUAGCCAGGCGAGCUUGGCGGGCGUGUCAAAGGAGGUCAUUGACGGGCUCUGGUUCACGAGCCUCGCCGAGGCACAGACCGCCGUGAACAAGGGGCACGCCGGCCUGGGCGACUUCCUCGCGGUGGCGGGGUACUGCGGCUGGGGGGAAGGCCAGCUGCAGCGCGAGCUGGACGAGGGGAGCUUCUGGUCGCUGGCCGCCGUGGACAAGCGGUCGCUCGUGCGGGAGCUCCGCCAAGCGCAGGCCCGCGCGUCGCUGGAGAUGAGCGCCGACCAGGUCGUGGUGGACGACGGUACAGCUGCAUGGCGCCGCCUGUACGAUUCCCUCGGCAGACUUCAUCAGGACCGGGCGAGCGCGUGGCGCCCAGAUGUGAUAUUCGGCGACCAGCGGCUUCGAGAGUGGAUCGAUGCGAACUUGGUGCGGCUAGACACUGGCGCCCAGGGCUGGAUGUAA